UUAACGGAACACAACCUCAAACAUCUCACAUCGGUAAUGAGUGGAUGCACGCUUGAUGAGCCUGGGAAAAAGAAUUGAGCUGUAUCCUAUCCUGAGAGAGACCAUCCGAAAGUUAUCUCUGUCCCAUGCUGUCCUGAACCUUUCUCUCCAGAUUUCCCGAGCAAACGAUGUCGGCGCCAGCGGGCUCAGCACCGCUCCCGCACCGGUCGGUCGCUAACAUCCGAUCGCCGCCGGGGGCCGGGCAUCACCCGAGUGGGCCAUCAACGCCGCUGCGGCCCAUCCCGUCCAACUUCGGGUCCCCAUCCAGCCUCCGCGCCGACGAGGAAAUCAUCAUCGUCGAGUUUGGCACCCGCAAGCUGCAGGUGGGCUUUUCGGGCGAUCCGGCGCCCAGGGGGUGCGUCUGGUUUGGCCCGGACCAGCAGCGCCGGGUUGGCGAUUUCAGGGAGUGGCAGACCGACUACCGCUACGACUGGCGGAGAGCUGCCCGUCAUGGUGAUUCCUGGGGCAGGGAUCACGAGCUGUGGCAGUACGACGUCCGCGGUGUGGAUUUGGGGCUGGUGGGGGACAAGAUUGAGAGGGCCCUGAGCGAGGCGUUUACCAAGUACUUGCUCAUUGACUCGCGUCCGCGUCGCAUGGUUUGGGUGCUUCCCUCCUCUCUGCCCAUACCGCUGCUGUCAGCCGCGCUGGACAGCGUCUUCAGCCGGUUCCAACCGCCAACCGUGUCGCUGCUCUCGUCGCCGAUUGCCUUGGCCGUCGGCGCUGGUGUACGGUCGGCGCUUGUGGUCGACCUCGGCUGGAGCGAAACCAUCGUCACCAGCGUCUACGAGUACCGCGAGGUGGCUGCCAAGAGAAGCAUCCGCGGCGGCAGGAUGCUUGUGGAGCAGACACACAAACUGCUCGCGAAACAUCUCCCCGAAGACCAAGGCGGAUCCGAGAGCAAGCAGGAGUACGUCCUAAGCUUUGAGGAAUGCAGCGACAUCACCACCCGCAUGGUCUGGUGCAGGCCUCGUCAACACUCCGACGACGACCAGCCCGCUUCUGGCUCGUUGCCCACUGUGCAGGAGCACGAUGACGCAGAGCAACCUGGCGACUCACCAACGCCUGGGAGAACCAGCACAGUUACCAUUCCCUUGAAGUCAUGGCUGUCGCCAACGUCGCUGGAGCUUCCCUUUAACGCCCUCUCAGAGCCCUGCGAGGACGCCUUCUUCGACUCCCAUUAUUCGCAUACCAGCUUCGAUGACCAUGAACUACCCCUCCCCCUGCUCGUGUACCGCAGCCUUCUGCAGCUCCCAGUAGAUGUCCGGGCGCUCUGCAUGUCUCGCAUCAUAUUCACCGGCGGAUGCUCCAAUGUCCUUGGGCUCCGCGGGCGUAUCUUCGAUGAAGUCUCCGAAUUAGUCCGAGAGCGAGGCUGGGAUCCGGUCCAGGGCAAAGGCGUAGAGCAGUUGCGCGCCAACCCGAAACUGAAGCGAAGGGGAGUCCGUCAGACUGGUGAGAGCCCCAUGGGGGUAUCAUCGCCGCCCGGUGACGGCGAGGAGCAAGACGGCGUGUGGCACGACGCCGCCAACACGGCGCCCGAGGCGGAUCCCAUCGAGGAGCAGCUGCAGAGGGGCAUGGACAGGAGACCACGCGUCCAAGGCGAGUUGAGAGCAAUCGAGUCGCUGGGGGCCUGGAGCGGGGCGAGCCUGGUCACGCAUCUCAAGGCGCCGGCCGUUGCCGCGAUUGACCGAGAGGUCUGGCUGCAACACGGGGCGGCUGGCGCCGUCAGGGCGAGCGACGUUGACUACAAGGCGCAGAGGCAGAGUUUGGGGGCCGGCGGGCUGAUGCGAGGCUCCGCUGCUGGGUCGGCCUGGACGCUCGGUGUGUGGGGGGCAGUCUGAGGCGAUAAUGGAGGCAGAAUGUUCUUAAAUAAACGAUACCCCUUAGAACCACAAAGAAUUCUUGCAUUGUCUCUGAUGACA